GUUGUGCUGCUGACAAUGCCUGGAACCCAAGCAGAGACCUGCGAGAAGUGGGAGUACUUCCACGAGGGUCGCUGCUGUGUAUCCUGUCCAGCAGGUACUUCUGUUACUCAGCACUGCCGUGCUCAACAUACGAGAGGAAAAUGUGACCUUUGCAAGGAAGGAGAGAGUUUUACUGCCCAUGAGAAUGGCUUGGAAGGGUGCUUGCCAUGCAGACAGUGCAAAGAUGAUCAGAUAACUUUGAGGCCCUGUACUCUGACGAGUAAUACUGAAUGCCAGUGCAAACAAGGGUAUUUCUGCCCAGACGAGGGCUGCGAAAUAUGUCAGAGAGACAGUAAAAUGUAUCCAGAAGGGAAAGAAAUCGUACCGAAUUGCAAUGCCACUACAGGCCUAGGAUGUGACUUACCUGAUCAAGGAAUCACAGCUUCUGCUUGGGUUAGCAUGAUUAUUGUGCCCAUUGUUUGUGUUUUGCUGGUUUUUGUAUGUAAAAAAUGGAACUCUAAAAAAGCUGCUUCAACUGAUAAAGAUGUAGAGAAAGGCCUGAAUUCUGAGGGCAGUACUGAAAGCCUCAUUUUGCCAGAAGUGGAGACACCUGCAAAUAAUGAAAUGAACUCAGUGUGUGAGAACUCUGGUGAGAGCCCAGGAGAUGAAGCACAAACCGAUGCUAACUUGGAAGUAAAAAACACCUCACCAGAGAACAAUAGUGCACCUUUGGAGCAAGGCACUGUCCUGCAUGGGGGCUGGAAGCGCCACGUGCCACAGUGCUUGAAGAGGAUUGCUGAGUCUUCACUACCAGCAAGACCUAGGCAGAAUUGUACUUUUCAUGCCCUGACUAAUGCACCAAGUAGUAGAACACCAGCAAAUCGUAUGGUACAAGAACCAAGGCAUCAAAUAAUCAUUAAAGAUCUUUCUCAAAGAGAACUGAGAGAGACCUUCGAGACCUUUAUAAAGGAAGUACCACCAAAAAAGUGGAAGCAGUUUAUGAGAACUCAUCUGCAGGAAAAUGAUAUUUAUAAAAUUAGGUAUAACUUUCCUUAUGAUAUAGAAGAGCAGUCGUAUCAGAUGCUUCUCCUCUGGAGAAACACACUGGGAGAGAAACAAUGUAUUAGUAAGUUACUGGAUGAGUUGAGGCGUAUAGAUACUAAGGCUUAUGAUAAUGUAUUGAACACUUUAAAAAGUAAUAACAUUAUAAGUAAAGUAGAAGCUGCAGAUUAA